AUGCUGGACCGCCUCUUCGGAUCCCGCUUUCUCCGUCAGAUGCAACGCGCUUUCCGACGAGGCAUCCUCACCUUCCUCUGUCUCGUCCUCACCGUCGUCGUCCUCAGAGGAACCAUCGGCGCCGGCAAAUUCGGUACUCCCGAACAAGACCUCAACGAGAUCCAACAAUUCUACUCGCGUGGCCGGCGCGUGGAGCCUCGCCGUGUUCUCGAAGAAGUUCAAUCUUCGGAAUCCACCACCGACAACAGCAACAACUACGCUACUUUUGAUAUUUCGAAGAUCCUCAAAGACGAAGAUGGCGAUGAUGAGAAGCGCGAUCCGAACAUUCCUUAUACGCUUGGACCGAAAAUAUCGGAUUGGGAUGAACAGCGGUCGUCGUGGCUGAGUAAAAACCCUGAUUACCCGAAUUUUAUCGGUCCUAAUAAACCUCGAGUUCUUUUGGUUACUGGUUCUUCGCCGAAACCGUGUGAAAAUCCUGUUGGGGAUCAUUACUUGUUGAAAGCUAUUAAGAAUAAGAUAGAUUAUUGUAGGCUUCAUGGUAUUGAAGUUUUUUACAACAUGGCUUUACUUGAUGCUGAAAUGGCUGGUUUUUGGGCGAAGUUACCUUUGAUUAGGAAGCUUUUGUUGUCUCAUCCUGAAGUUGAGUUUCUCUGGUGGAUGGAUAGUGAUGCUAUGUUUACGGAUAUGGCUUUCGAAGUUCCGUGGGAGCGAUAUAAGGAUCAUAAUUUCGUGAUGCAUGGUUGGAAUGAGAUGAUUUAUGAUGAAAAGAAUUGGAUUGGUUUGAAUACUGGUAGUUUUUUGUUGAGGAAUUGUCAAUGGUCGCUUGAUAUUCUUGAUGCUUGGGCGCCGAUGGGGCCUAAAGGGAAGGUUAGAGAUGAAGCGGGGAAGAUUCUUACUAGGGAAUUGAAGAAUCGGCCGGUUUUUGAAGCCGAUGAUCAAUCGGCUAUGGUUUAUUUGUUGGCGACUGGGAAAGAACAAUGGGGUGGCAAAGUUUACCUUGAGAAUCAUUAUUAUUUGCAUGGUUAUUGGGGGAUUUUGGUGGAUAGAUAUGAGGAGAUGAUUGAGAAUUAUCAUCCUGGUUUUGGUGAUCAUAGGUGGCCACUUGUUACUCAUUUUGUGGGGUGUAAACCAUGUGGGAAAUUUGGUGAUUACCCGGUGGAAAGAUGUUUGAAACAAAUGGAUCGUGCUUAUAAUUUUGGUGAUAAUCAGAUAUUGCAGAUGUAUGGAUUUACUCAUAAAUCACUUGCUAGUAGAAGGGUGAAGAGAGUGAGGAAUGAGAGUAGUAAUCCUAUUGAUGUUAAAGAUGAACUUGGAUUGCUUCAUCCUGCUUUCAAAGCUAUCAAGUUGCCAACUUCUUCUUGA